UCUUGGUCAGGUGACAGAUGGAAAAGGUCCCCUUAGUCAAAGCAGAAUUGAGAGCGCAGGGGAUAGACUGGUGCCUGCUGUUGGGAGCACUGCUCUUACGAUCUAUCUCUAAACCACUGCUGUGCUCUGUGUUUGAAAACUUUGAGCAAAUCAACUGCCCGUCCUCUAACAUCAAAAGAUGGGAAGUGGAAUUAGUUCAGAGAGCAAGGAGUCAGCCAAAAGGUCCAAAGAACUGGAGAAGAAGCUUCAGGAAGAUGCUGAACGGGAUGCAAGAACUGUGAAGUUGCUGCUACUAGGAGCAGGUGAAUCUGGAAAAAGUACUAUUGUUAAACAAAUGAAGAUCAUCCACAAGAAUGGUUACAGUAAACAAGAAUGCAUGGAGUUUAAAGCAGUGGUUUACAGUAACACGUUGCAGUCCAUCCUGGCCAUCGUGAAAGCCAUGACUACACUAGGGAUUGAUUAUGUCAAUCCGAGAAGUAGAGAGGACCAACAACUGCUUCUCUCCAUGGCAAACACACUAGAAGAUGGUGACAUGACGCCUCAGUUGGCUGAAAUCAUUAAACGUCUGUGGGGCGAUCCAGGAAUUCAAGCCUGCUUUGAAAGGGCAUCUGAAUACCAGCUCAAUGACUCUGCAGCUUACUACCUUAAUGACUUAGAUAGACUCACAGCCCCUGGGUAUGUGCCAAAUGAACAAGACGUUCUACAUUCCCGGGUGAAAACCACUGGUAUCAUUGAAACUCAAUUCUCCUUUAAAGACUUGAACUUCAGAAUGUUUGAUGUAGGUGGCCAGAGAUCAGAGAGAAAGAAAUGGAUCCACUGCUUUGAAGGAGUGACGUGCAUUAUAUUUUGUGCAGCCCUAAGUGCCUACGACAUGGUACUUGUAGAAGAUGAAGAGGUGAACAGAAUGCAUGAAAGUCUUCACCUCUUUAACAGCAUCUGUAAUCACAAGUAUUUUGCAACCACCUCCAUUGUUCUGUUUCUUAACAAGAAAGAUCUCUUCCAGGAGAAAGUGACCAAGGUGCACCUCAGCAUCUGUUUCCCAGAAUACACUGGACCAAAUACAUUCGAAGAUGCAGGGAACUACAUCAAGAACCAGUUCCUAGACCUGAACUUAAAAAAAGAAGAUAAGGAAAUCUAUUCUCACAUGACCUGCGCUACUGACACACAAAACGUCAAAUUCGUGUUUGAUGCCGUGACAGAUAUAAUAAUAAAAGAGAACCUCAAAGACUGUGGGCUCUUCUGAGCAACCUGUUUGCUAUCACUUGUGAUGGCUGUAGUCUUUUUAAGACAUAAAAAGGUGCUGUGUAUUAGCUUGGAUAGAUAUUAACUGAUUUAGAAAUGUGACUAGCAUUAUAAAACAAAAAAUUCACACAAGAAUGUUACUGUGAUAUCACGUAUAUCUGGGUAUGGUUUUCUCGGGGAAUGGAGGGUAGAGUUGCUGAUGUUCUAAAUCUGAAAUCUGAUGUAUCUUGGUAACUGUCACAAUAUACAUUCAUGCUACUAAAGUUUUUUGGAAGUGAGCUGUAAGUGACCAAUUUUUAAUCAUAGAGUAAACCUCAGAAUGUGCUAUAACAUUGCCCCAGCUAGAUUUUGAAAGCAUUCAAAGUCAUGUCUGUACUACAGAAAUUGUACAAAAUGAUACAAGGUAUAAUUUUGGUCAUCAGCCUUUCAAUUAGGCUGCCAUAAGCACACACAGUACAUGCUUUUAUUGAUAGGAAAUUGUAUGUGUAAAAUAAAUAUAUAUAUAAUA